AUGACAUCAGUGAUCAAGUUUACACCACUGUGUGGCGGAGCAGGACAAAUAACUCCACCAUGUUAUCUACUAGAGAUUGAUAACUUUUGUAUACUAUUAGAUUGUGGAUGGAAUGCAAAGUUGGAUAUAUCACUAUUAGAUGAAUUGAAAAAAGUGGCAAAUAAAGUAGAUGCAAUAUUAUUAACUUAUCCAGAUACAGAACAUAUUGGAGCGUUACCAUAUGCAAUUGGCAAGUUGGGAUUGACAGGAAAGAUAUAUGGGACUACACCAAUUCACAAGAUGGGUCAAAUCUUUAUGUAUGACUUGUACACGAGUAGAAUGGCACAAGAGGAAUUUGAUCGAUUCGAUCUUGACGAGGUCGAUAUGUGCUUUGAUCAAUCUCGAUUCAAAGAACUCUCCUAUUCACAGCACUACGAGAUACCCGAUAGCGACGGCAUCAUUAUCACCCCGUAUCUAGCCGGUCAUAUGGUGGGUGGGUCGGUAUGGCGUAUUGCCAAAGAGAGCGAUGUCAUUGUCUAUGCCGUCGAUAUUAACCAUCGUCGUGAAUCCCAUCUUGAAGGGUUCCUUCAGAAUGGUCUUCUUUCACCCGAGUUGGCCAAGCCCACUCAUUUGAUCACCGACGCACUUCACAUUUUGGAUCCUCCACCUCAGAAAAAGGCAGACAAGGAUACAGCCAUGUUGGCACAGCUACGCAAGUCGCUUCGAGACGGUGGCAACAUUUUGGUGGCUACCGAUACUGCCGGACGUGUUCUCGAGCUCCUCCUCACCAUCGACCAGUACUGGUCGCAGCAUAGACUGGGGUCGGCCUAUUCAGUCGUAUUUUUCAACAGUGUCACCUACUAUGUAAGAGAGUUUGCAAAGUCUCAAUUAGAAUUCAUGUCUACUGCUGCAUCUAGUAAAUUUGAACAAAAAAAUGAAAAUAUAUUUAAUUUUAGAAAUAUUAAAAUUUGUAAUUCAUUUAAACAAUUGGAAGAAUUACCAAAUUUAACAAGAAAUUAUGUUGUUUUGGCAAGUUCAAAAGAUUUGGAAACUGGAUUUGCAAAAGAUUUAUUUAUUCAAUGGGCAAAUGAUCCCAAAAAUAUGGUCAUGUUGACCGACAACAUGGACGAGGGAACAUUGGGAGACCAACUAUCAAAAUGUCAAUCUGGCAUUGACUCUAUACAAGUGACACAUGGAAAACGUGUGGAAUUGGAGGGCGAGGAACUUCGAGAAUACGAAGAAACCAUCCAAAGAAAAAAAGAUGAAGAAAAAAGAUUGGAAGAAGAAAAACGUUUACAAGAGGAAAAAGCAAAUCGAAAAGAAAGAAUGGAUGUUGAUGAUCAAGAAGAAUUAAUUACAAAAAAAAAUCCUCUCCUAAAUAGAUUUGAUAUGCAUAGAUCAGAUUUUAUAAAUGAACAUUAUAUUCCAAUGUUUCCAUUUACAGAACCAAUUGUAAAAUGGGAUGAAUAUGGUGAACAAGAUGAAGAAUUAUUAAACAUUGCCAAGGAAUUAAAGGAUCAAAAAGACAAGGAAAUGAAGGAUGAUGUAGUAAUGGAAGAAGAAAAUAAACAAGAAGAAGAAGAAACAAAACCAAAGAAAAUAGUCACUUUUAAUACAAUGGUAAAAGUUAAUUGUUCAGUAACAAGAUUUGAUUAUCAAGGAUGUUCUGAUGGUCAAUCAUUAAAAACAAUUAUUCAAAAAAUUGCACCAACCAAUUUGAUUCUGGUUAGAGGUAAUCAACAAUGUGUCGAUGAAUUGUUGGAUUUUGCUAAAAAGAGUUUGCGUGUCAAAGGAUUAUUUUCACCAGCAAUCAGUAAUCAAAUCGAUCUUACCUCUGAAACUCAUGAUUCUUUAAUUAAAUCAUUAAAUACUUCAAAACUUAUGGAUUAUGAAAUUGCAUAUAUUGAAGCUAAAGUUCAUAUUGAAGAUAUAAUAUUAAAUGGAGCAACUAAUGCAGCUACUCCACUUGCUAUUACUAGCCCAACUACAUCAACAGCGAUUACUACAACAAAUGAUAGCAAGGCAUUGACAGUUGUACAACCAAAGGAAAAGAAAAUCAUACCAUUGUUGGAUAUUAUGCCAGUGGAAGAAUCAAAAGGACACAAUGUAUCGUUUGUUGGUGAUGUCAAAUUAUCAGAGUUUAAGGAUGUAUUGACACGAGAAGGAUUCCAAGUUCAAUUCGAUAAGGGUAUCCUUUCAUGUAAUGGUUUGGUUUAUCUGUGGCGUGAAGAGGUCGAUGGAAAUUCUUGUAUAAAUAUCGAUGGUGUCAUGUCUGAAGAAUAUUAUUUGGUCAAGGAAUUAUUAUAUAGUCAAUUCAAGAUAUUAUAA